GAUCGGAACUGGUGCCAGGCAUCAGGCACGCCUCCUCUGCCAACAGCUCGCCACACCUCCAAAUCUCCACAGAUUCUUGUUUCUUUGCACCAAAGCACUCCAUUGAAGCUCGGUUAAACCUCGAGGUGAGUAUACCACGUCGUGAGCGGUGAACGCAUCCGCAAGGAUUUCCACUUUCCGCGGUGAAUCGACUUGAGACGAUGUCAUCUUGUGCAUUUUCUACAUGUAAGUUGCAUGAUACCCUGCUAGAUCAUGAAUUCAUAUGCAAUAAACCAAGUUGCUUCCCUAAGCAUUUGGUGCAUUUGAAGACAAACCGCAUAUCUGCUAACCUGUCUUGUCUGAAGAUAUCGCCCUAUAACUCGUCGACCUGGCAACAAACUGGAAGGCUCCAAUGCAGAGCACUAGAUGUUGAAAGUAAUCGUACUUUCUUGAAAGGAGAUCUGUUUCAACUUGAUGAUGUAAUUGAAGCACAACAGUUUGAUAGAGAGAUUCUGAGUGCUAUAUUUGAAGUGGCACGUGAAAUGGAAACGAUUGAGAAGAAGUCACGUGGAAGCCAGAUUUUGAAAGGUUAUCUCAUGGCUACUCUCUUUUACGAACCUUCAACCAGGACCAGGCUUUCAUUUGAAUCUGCAAUGAAACGGUUGGGUGGGGAAGUCUUGACAACAGAAAAUGCACGAGAGUUUUCAUCUGCUGCAAAAGGAGAGACACUCGAAGAUACAAUAAGGACAGUUGAGGGGUAUACAGACAUAAUUGUAAUGAGGCAUUUUGAAAGUGGUGCUGCUAGAAGAGCAGCCAUGACUGCUAACAUUCCUGUUAUUAAUGCAGGGGAUGGACCUGGGCAGCAUCCUACUCAGGCUCUUCUUGAUGUGUACACUAUCGAGAGAGAGAUUGGUCGGUUGGAUGGAAUCAAAGUUGGACUAGUCGGGGAUCUUGCUAAUGGACGAACCGUUCGUUCCCUUGCAUAUCUUCUAGCCAAAUAUAACGGUGUCAAGAUCUACUUUGUUUCUCCUGAGGUUGUAAAAAUGAAGGAUGACAUUAAGGAAUACUUGACAUCAAAGGGAGUCAAAUGGGAAGAAAGUGCAAAUCUGAAGGAAGUGGCCUCCAAAUGCGAUGUGGUAUAUCAAACUCGCAUCCAACGUGAACGAUUUGGAGAGAGAAUCGAUCUUUAUGACGAAGCCCGUGGCAAGUACAUCGUUGAUCGCAACAUUUUGAGUGCUAUGCAGAAGCAUGCAGUGGUCAUGCAUCCUCUCCCAAGGCUUGAUGAGAUCACAUUGGAAGUGGACGGAGAUCCAAGAGCUGCAUACUUUCGACAAGCGAAAAACGGACUCUUUAUUCGAAUGGCUCUCUUGAAGCUCUUACUUCUCGGUUGGUAAUGAUCCAAGCCCCACAAGCUGCGUCAUCACUUGUGUCAAAGAAAAACUUCAAAAAAAGCUAUUUAUUAACACACACACACAUCUUAUGUGUAUAUGAACCCUUUGGGAUUCUGGUACCAGAAACUCCAAGAAUGGUGUUGGUUCAAAAGAUGCAUGAAUCAAAUACACCAACACUUUGUUUGCUUGUCA